AUGGAUCCUUUCGCAACAUUAUGCUUUAGCGUUCCGUCUGCCUGGAGGCCUAUCACCAAGAUCAUCAACACAUCUGAAUAUCUACUGUAUGAGGUGGCUGCGGACGGUGAUGCCUAUCUCGCAGUAUUCACGACAUUAGGGUCCCGAGUCUUGAUACGUGUCUCGAGCCAAGCACUGUGCAAGACGACGGAAUUCUUCAAGGCGCAAUUUCAUACAAAUUGGAUGCCUCCCAGCAGUAAGUUCACGCCCCAGAACCCCCUCCCCUUCGCGGAGAAGUUUGACGAGUUUGUGACAUUUCUCCACAUUGCCAGCGAGGAUGAAUCAAUCCCCGAGGUACCAAUCAACAUUCUGAGACCCGUGGCGGUGCUGCUGGACAAGUACCUCUUCAAGGGCAAACUCCCUGGGUGGUGCGAAAAGGUCCUCACGUCCUGCUUCCCUCUGCACUUCCCCUUCUACAACAGCGUGGACUACUUCUUGGCUGACUUCGAAAUCUCGGGGGGCAUCCUGGACGAGACAUCUCUGCCCGCGGUCCUCCACUCCGCAUACCUUCUCGAUCUCCCCUUCGUUUUUGCCACCGCGUCCCGCCGGAUGAUGUGGCAAAUGGCUACUGACGACGUCGAAUGUUUGUUCCCGAAGGACCUGCAGGCGCUAUUGCCGAUGGAUUUCGUCGGAGGCUUUAAGGAAGAAGCGGUGAGACUCCGCGACGACCUCGUGUCCCACUUGCCCCAGGUGUUCCAACCGGACGUACACGGCGGGACCAAGUGGUGGUGUAACCAGUGCAACAUGGUCCCGCACAAGGAGCGCUGGCUGCGCGAGAUCAUCCGCAAGUCGAACAGCUUCCAGCAGGAGCAGAGGGAAGGGCCGACCGGGCGCCUCUGCGAUCUCUUCGAGGAAUACGUCCGUGACGCGUGCUUGCUGGGAAGCACACGAGAGCUCGAGGACACUGCUUUCGAGUGCGGGAGGUUCCGUCUUCGCUACUCGGAUAUCGGCGACAGCGAGAUCCUGUUUGAUGUCUACGCCUCCAUCGGCGGUCUGUGUUUGCCGUGCCUCAAGGCCGGCGAGGAGAUCAAGUAUCGUUACGUCUGCAGCAAACACUGUCUCUUCCUAAACAAGGAGUGA